GCUUCCGUUUCCGCACUGUUCCGGUUCCGUUUUCCCCCACCUUCGUCCUCCGUCUCCUCUCCUCGCCGGAAACGUCCUGUUUCCCUCGCCGGGAAACCCAUCCUCUCGCCGCCGUGUCUUUCCUCCCACCCGUCUUUCGGAGGCUGAGGGCUCGCAUCCUCUUCGUGGAUUCUCUCGGUGCGCGCGGUGGGGUGCCGUGCGAUGCGACGAAAGGUUCGGAUCUCGCCGCGAUUCGGUCUCGGAGGGUAAUGUGGGCUCUCUGAUCCCUGCGGAGCGUUUCUCCCGCGGGGGAUUUUUGGAAUCCUUCGUCGGGUUUCUUGAUUCCAGCGCCGGACGGUGGAGAGGACAGGACGGAUCCGCGAUCGGUAUGAGAUGGUGGAAGGAAGGUCUUGCUUGUCUAGAGAGGUUAAAAAUGGGUUAGAAAUCUUGAAAAGAAAAAGGCUUCAGCAGACAAAGUCUGGCUUUAUACCUGAAGCUAUUAAUGCAAGUAAUACAAUGUCCAGAAGUGGAGGGGAUGCUCUAAGAACUUCAGCAUCAUGUGGUACUAGAAUGCAUGGGAAUGUUGAUGCAUUUUCUCGUGUUAGUGUUUCUGUAGAGGAUGCUUUUUCCAAGCACCAAGUGAAAAAGUUUGAUAUGUCUGACUUAGAAUGGAUCGAGAAGAUCCCUGAAUGUCCUGUGUUUAGUCCCUCGAAGGAGGAGUUCGAGAACCCCUUAGAUUAUCUUCAAAGGAUUGCUCCUGUUGCUUCAAGAUAUGGCAUAUGUAAGAUCAUUUCCCCUAUAAGUGCUUCAGUUCCUGCUGGUGUUGUUUUAAUGAAGGAGCAAGCGGGAUUUAAGUUUACUACCAGAGUGCAGCCUCUACGUCUUGCCGAGUGGGCUGCAGAUGACAAGGUCACCUUUUUCUUGAGUGGAAGGAAGUAUACAUUUCGGGAUUUUGAGAAGAUGGCAAACAAGGUAUUUUCUCGAAGGUAUUCAAGUGCUGGAUGUCUCCCUGCUAAGUUUAUGGAAGAGCAAUUCUGGCAUGAGAUUGCAUUUGGCAAGACAGAGAUGGUUGAGUAUGCAUGUGACAUUGAUGGAAGUGCCUUCUCAUCAUCUCCUAGAGAUCAACUUGGACAAAGCAAGUGGAACUUGAAGAGAUUUUCUCGGCUACCAAAAUCUGUACUUCGGCAUCUGGCAAAUGCAAUUCCAGGUGUAACAGAUCCCAUGCUUUACAUUGGAAUGCUUUUUAGUAUGUUCGCUUGGCAUGUUGAAGAUCACUAUUUGUAUAGCAUUAAUUAUCAUCAUUGUGGAGCUUUCAAAACAUGGUAUGGUAUCCCAGGCCAUGCUGCUACAGAUUUUGAAAAGGUGGUCUGGAAUCAUGUAUAUGAUUCUGACAUUUUGCAAUGUGAAGGAGAAGAUGCAGCUUUCGAUGUACUUUUGGGAAAGACCACAAUGUUUCCUCCAAAUAUUCUAUUAGAACAUAAUGUUCCUGUUUAUAAAGCUGUACAAAGACCUGGAGAAUUCAUUAUUACUUUUCCUCGAGCUUAUCAUGCAGGCUUCAGUCACGGAUUCAAUUGCGGUGAAGCAGUGAAUUUUGCUGUUGGUGAUUGGUUCCCACUGGGUACUGUGGCUAGCCAACGAUAUGCACUUCUGAACAGGAUGCCAUUGCUCCCUCAUGAGGAACUUCUUUGUAGGGAAGCAGUGUUUAUUUCAAAGAUAUUGUUAAAUCCUGAUUCUAAAAGUCCUCGCCCUUCAUCUGAAGACUUUCACUCGCAACGUUGCAUUAAAUUUUCUUUUGCGUACUUAAUGCGCUUCCAGCACCGUGCUCGUUGGUCGCUCAUGAAAUCAGGAGCCUGUGCAUUUAUUAACACAGAGACUGUACUAUGUAGCAUCUGCAAACGUGACUGCUAUAUUUCUUAUGUUAGGUGUAAUUGCAUCAAGGAUCCAAUCUGUCUCCGCCAUGAGAGAGAGCUUAGAAGCUGCCUUUGUGGCUUCGAUCGUAUUAUAUUCCUGAGAGGGGACAUUCUGGAAUUGGAGGCCAUCUCACGGAAGUUUGAGCAAGAGAUUGAUGUACUAGAGGAGGUUCUAAAGCAAAUUCAACAAGGUGAUGACUUUUAUCUAGGGACAAGCCCGUUUAACAACGCUGAACAUGAUGGAUAUGUUCCAUACUGUGAGAUAAAAUUUGAGUCAAGCCCCGAUAUUAGGGGUGACAAUCCGGAGCGCUCAGGAGUUUGCAUCUUAGAGGGCUCUAACAAGGAUGUGGCAUGGGAAUCUCUAUCUUCUCCUGGAACAAUGACAUCAUCUGUGCGGUUAAGUGGAGGUUCCUUGCAUAUUGUUUAUGCAAAAACUAAUAUAGGAAUAAUAUCUUGCUCCGGGUCGCCCAGUUCAUGUCAAUCUGCUGUCCUAAUUCCAGAGAGGCAUGCAGCUGCAUCUUCUUGUCAAGCUGGUUCUUCUGAUACUUCAGUCAUGCAAAACAGUGAUGACUCUGACUCCGAAAUAUUCAGAGUCAAGCGCAGGUCUGCAAUAAAAUUAGGGAAAAGAUCUACUGGUGAUGUAGACUCAAACCUCCCGGAACACCAGGGGCUAAAGCGGUUGAAGAAGCUCCAUCGAGAAGGAAGACAUCUGGCUACGGCAGACCAUCCUGCUCCAGCUACUAGUGGUUAUUUUCAAAAGAAUUUUGAAUCGGGUGUUAGCAGGACCUCCAGAGGCAUGUUUCCAAUGUCCUCCAAAAUCAGACCCGACGGCGGCCAAGUUGGGGUGAAGCUAAAAGUGAAUCUUCAAUCCAACUUACCCGACACCAUUGUGGCGGUGGAAGAUCCACCGUCCAGUGAACUUAAAAGUUAAAGAGGGCCCUCUUUGUCAUCAGAUGGAGCAGCUGAGCUGUAAAUUUCCUUCCUGAGCCUCCUAGCGUGUGCCAUCAGAUUGAUUACUAAUGUGAGGUUUUAACCGGGCGCUAACAAUAGAGAGCGAGAGGGAGAGAUUUGAGUUAGAGCAGGCUUUGAUUCUUUGUGCAGGCCCUCAAAUGAGGCGCUGGCUGGACACGAUUCUUUCCAGCCGCCUGUUUCCAUUUAUUUUUUUUUUAAUGGCAGCCAUGUUAAUUGUAUUUCAUUACACUGUCAUUUCAAAAAAUUGUUCAUUUUGCUAACAUUUAAGUAACUUGUAUAGAUUAUGAUUCGGUCA